UGAAAAGCAGAUGAAAGGUCACAAGAGAAGUCAGUGCAGUACGACGAGCCUCACACUAUAUUCCGAACGCUGUUCCUGAACACUAUCGCUACCGUGCUGCACAUUACUCGCUAUCUGCACCUGUUUGCCAAAAGAUACUGUGAGAAGAAAAGCCUGACAGGAAAUACUUGUACAUUUUUGUAGUGCCAAACAGAAAAAAAAAACUCCCUUAAGAAACCAAGGAAGCCAACUGAGAGAGGUGACAGAUUUUGCUUGGCACCUCUGUGAAGUAAGAUAAAGAUGUCAAAUCCACACAGUCACCAUAUGAACCCAACCAUGCAGUCAGCUGUCUCGGACCAUCAUGGGGACCAUAUGACGUCCACCGACACAGGCAACGGGGAUCACAUGAUGAUGAUGAUGCAAAUGACCUUCUACUUUGGCUACAAAAAUGUGGAGCUGCUAUUCGCUGGGCUGGUCAUCAACACACCAGGAGAAAUGGUAGGUGCGUGCAUUGGUGUGUUCUUGCUGGCUGUGUUCUACGAAGGUCUGAAGAUUGGCCGUGAGUUCCUAUUGAGAAGGAAUCAGGUGAACGUGCGUUACAACUCCAUGCCUGUCCCAGGAGCUGAUGGCACCGUGCUCAUGGAGACACAUAAAACAGUCGGCCAGCGAAUGCUGAGUCUCGCGCACUUAUUCCAGACGCUUCUUCACAUCAUCCAAGUGGUGGUCAGUUACUUCCUCAUGCUGGUGUUCAUGACAUACAACGGCUACCUGUGCAUCGCUGUGGCGGCGGGCGCCGGCCUCGGCUACUCUGUUCAGCUGGAAGAAGGCAGUAGUGGUAGAUAUUACAGAACACUGUCAUUAACCUCUCUUGUGUAUAACCUCAAAAAAAACACCCACUUCACAAUCCCAACAUGCACCGCAACUCUAUAUGUGUAGAGCACUCUAUGAUUUCUUUAAUCUUGGUAAAUAUCAGCCAAGUGGCUCUAUUCAUUUUAAAGCUCGAAUUUGAUUCGUUUUUUACAAAUUAGCCCCAUAUUUCAUAUCCCAACAACCGUCUAUCAUCACCAUCCUAAUAAUAGCAUAAGUGUGCACAGCCUAGCAGUCUACCUCCAUAGUACUGAUGGUCACAACUGACAUUAUUUGUAACAUCUCACGGAUUCUUAUGUUUAUGAAGGUGCCUCUGGGUGCGAAAGAGCCUUACUAAACCCUUUGCCUUAAAUGAGGGAACACACACACAUACACCCAAGAGGGCGAGCGUUGACUCUAAAAGCCAAAAUGGAUCUGGUGGACCCAAUAUACAAGCACUAGUGGUGGGAGGGUGAUUUUUUUUCUUUUGAGGUUAUGGCCAAGUGUUUCAAAUCGCUGAAACCACCGUUAAUAAUCAUUGACCAUUGUUUAGACAUAAACACUGGACUGAAUGUUUGCACAAGAAAGAGAGGUUUUGAGACUCUUGAGUUUGAAGUCGAACUUUGCUCCCUUUGGAGUGCUUUUAAGUAAAUACGGGGAGAUUAGUGGAAAGUAAAUUAUAUCUGAUGCCAGUGUCACUGAUUUCGUUUUAUAAUUUAUAUUUGUAACACUCAAUUGUACUUGUUAUCAAUGUUUUCUGGCAAUCUUUAUGUGGAUCCUUUUACGUUAUGACAUUUUUAAAUGACAAAUUGUGGCACAUUUGUGAUGUCGAGCAAAUCAUGAGCUGUUAAAAACAUUAAGGUCAUCACUCUGAUAGUUACUGGGUCUCGGAAUGUGAAUUUUAUGUGGAAAUUGAUGAUAGUUAUUCUCCUUAAUUGAAAGGAGUGUGCCUUUUACAUACAGGACCCAAUAAAAGUGCCCAAAGAGUGUCUCAAUUGCUCGUAAACACAAAGCUUUCUUACUGAGAAAAUCGCAAAACCACAUAUAUUUUGAACCAGUAAGCAUGUGGGUUUUAGAAGAAAGCCUGUUUAAAAGUUUUUUUUUUUGUUCCUUUAUAA